ACCUGCUAUAAUCUUCCCUUGUUGGCGCUCACGCGUACCUUUCUCUGCCAUUCCCUUCUCCACUUCGAGUUUUCUCGCUUCAAGUCUUCGUUGAUCGAAGCAUAUUUAUUAUUUCUGUUUGAGUAAACUCGCUGUUGAUCAGUGAAUCCCAGGGUUAUUGCCCGCCUUAAUACCACCUACAGUCGAUUAUCGUCUUUGGACAUUUUGAACGCUUAGCCAAUCCCGGACAACAGUCUCUUAAUACACCAUAGCCAUCAUCAACAUGCCUCAGACACUUGCACCUUCGGUCUACCAGACUGACGCCCGUGCUUCUUUCGACGAGUACUACUUCACAGCAGACAGUGCCAUGUCUCCCCGUAGCGACGACGACUUCCCCACACCCAAGGCGCGCCUGUUCGAUAUCACACCACAGCCCUCUCCGCGUUUCCCACCCAACUCAAUGACUGGCUCCGAGUUUCGCCGUGUGAGCCGCGCUGCCAGUGAUUUCGAUUCUUUGUACGAUGUAACCGACGAUGAGGCUGAGGUUCCUCUUCACGCUUCGGCAUCAGUCAAGAAGAUCUCUGGUCCUACACGCCGCACACGAUUCCCGUCUCUCAUCAUCCCGUCGCCGACAGCAUGGCCAACGAUCGAGAAGCUGAGGAGCGCAACUUCGGCAGUGCCGAUGACCCCUUCCGCUCUUCUCACACCCUCGCGCCACGUCCUGAAGAUGAUCAACUCGCACAACCUCCAUGUCCCCGAGCACUCUGCCGCACCUUCGCUGGAUGGGAGUUUGACGUCAGAGGAGCUAGAUAGGUUGAGCUGCCCAGCUACACCUGACACGCGCUCCAGGCGCGACUCGUUCUCGACCGAAGAUUCGUGGGCACCCAUGCAGCUUGACUUCCAGGCUAUGCACACUCUCCAGCACCUUGGAGAGUCAGCAGUGCAGGUGGAAGAGGAGGAUGACCAAGUGACACCGCCUGCAGAGCCAAGAGCAGGACUUGAGAUGCAGCAGAUUUCGCGCCCAUCCCUGGGUCUGACCAUUCCUUUCGCUGCGCACCAGAACGACUCAGACGAUGACACGCCAAUCUCUGCGAUCUCGAUUCCUUCGCCCGGAGGCUUCUUUUCGUCGCUCCGAUCCGACGCUCGUACUGCUUGGGCGCUGCCCGCACCAGCUCCCAACACCUCUACCGCGGAGAAGUUUUACGACCUCCCAUGGGAGAGCCGCAAGCCUCAGCCAAUGCCUGCUUUGCCAGAGCGCCCCCUUACGCUCAGCGGCGAGACUCUCGACGGCUUGGAUGAAGUCAUGGCCGCAGCUCGCCAGACAAUUAUGAGCCCAGUGGAGGAGAACGUCGAAGUCAAGGAGAUCAAGCCCAGCGAGACCGUCUUCCACUACAACGAGAACUACAACUCUGAACUGCAGAAGCUCUCUUCCGCCAACCUUGAGAUGACUGGUCGAUGGCUCGAGGAGCAGGACGAGCUGGCAACCGCGCUUCGCGCCAUGGGAAAGAUGGGCUCCCCAACUCUGUCUAGCAGCACACACAGCCGUGGAAACUCUCUUGAGAAGCCUGCAUUGAAGAAGUCGGUGACCUUUGCCGAGCAGAUCGCGACCACUGAGGAAGAGGACGAGGAGCCCAAGAAGAUCCAGACUUACGUUCAGGGUCUUGAGUACAUCCGCUCCAGGUGUGAGAAGAAGGACACAUUCAUCCACCGCCAAACUCGUGCUGAGGCUUUGCACGUUCAGCGCCGCUGCAACCCCGCCGCCCACCGUGAUCAGCUAAUGGGCAAAUUCGAGCUCAAUGAGCCAGAGCGCCCAGCGCCCGCUCGCCCUGUGUCAGAGUUCUACGUCAACGACCCUACUGCCCUCAAGGAGAGGAUCACUCGUGCUCAGACUGAGCGACAGGCACUCGACCAGAUGCUGCCCGGUCAGUGGGUCAGCCAGGCACAAAGGCAACUCAACGGUGGCAAGUUUCUCGGUAAGCCCGCUGCGCGGUGCAUCACCCGAGCAACCUCGCCCCGCAUCCUUGAUGUCGGCGGCAUUGCUACCAACGACUGGGCCUGGAACGUAGCAUACGACUACCCCUACGCCUCCGUGGUCACCGUCAACACCGCCGGCAACAACCACUCCCCCAACGUGGUCGGCCCCAGCAACCACAAGUACACCAGCGUUCCCAACCUGUGGACUCUGCCCUUCCCCAACGCCCACUUCGACGUCAUCUCUGCGCGCACUCUGUAUGAGCUGCUCAAGACCAACAAGCCCGCCGGCCGCUCCUCAGACGAGUACGACCUCUGCCUCAAGGAGCUGCACCGCUGCCUCAAGCCGCGCGGCGUUCUGGAGUUCUCCCUGCUGGACGCCGAGCUGAUGCGCGCCGGCCGCAACGCACAGGCCAUGGGCGUGGAGUUCGCCUUCAACCUCAAGACCCGCGGAUACGACGCUCAGGCCAGCAAGACGUUCUUGCCGCGCGUGGCGAAGGCGGGCUUCAGGGACGUGCAGCGCGCGUGGAUGGUGCUGCCCAUGGGCCAGACGGCGGCGAACUGGAAGGAGGAUCUGAAUGUUGGCGCCAAGGUUGGUGCGCAGGAGAAGUGCAUUGGUGAGAGCGGCGAGGUCGAGAUGCAGGAUGCGCCUGUGUUCGGCUCGACAAAUGAUGCGGCCAUGCUUACGGGCGUUGUUGGCUCGUGGGCGUGGGAGCGAUGGAUGUUGAGGUUGCAGAUGGAGAUGGGCAAGGAGGAGGAGAGGCUCCUGGAGGGCGUUGUGCAGGUGCUUGAGGAGGGCGCGCAGGAAGGAUCUGCGUGGAGGUCGCUUACUGGUUGGGCCAGGAAGUAAUUGGAGAUCUAUCAUCGGCAUUUGCUGGAUCGGUGUUUGGGUUUUCAUGGGAGGGUACGGACAAGGUCAUGAUGGGAUUGAUACCACGCAGCGAAUCUCUUUUGUUGUACUACAAUACAUGUGUCGAUCACAUCAUUCAUCAUUGCCAA